CCUAAGUACACGCGGCGCACGAGAGCGGUAGCCACAAGAAUCCCACAGCUUCCACAACCAUGGCUUCCUCACAGUUUUUCCUCUGCCUCGACGUCGUUCUUGGCGGGACGGCGGCGAUCGCUCAGGGUGAGCACUCGCAGUGCCAGGACAACCCACCGGACAUGUCUCUGCGUGGCGGCGAGGCCGGUGGGGUCGUCGACGACCUCCCGGGAGGCUUCAGGGCUUACGUCACCGGCGCAAGCUCAAGCCGCGCCAUCGUCCUCGCCUCCGAUGUAUUUGGGUUUGAAGCACCUUUACUCAGGAAGAUAGCCGAUAAAGCUGGUGAGGCCGGAUACUUCGUUGUGGUGCCUGAUUUCUUCAAUGGUGACUAUUUAAACUCAAGUGAACACCUUACAGAAUGGCUCAAGAUUCACUCCCCGGUUAAAGCUGCAAAAGAUGCCAAGCCACUGUUUGUUGCUUUAAAAAAGGAAGGAAAGUCCAUUGGGGUUGGAGGGUACUGCUGGGGAGGAAAGUUCUGUGUGGAGAUGGCGAAAACCAAUGACGUCAAAGUAGUUUCCAUGUCUCAUCCUUAUAGUGUGGUUGCUGAUGAUAUGAAAGAGGUCAAACGCCCAGUUGAGAUCCUUGGAGCCCAAAAUGACUCAAACACACCGCCCAAAUUAGUAUACCAGUUUGUCAAUGUAUUGCGUAAAAGAGCAGAGAUUCCCUACUACGCCAAGGUCUUCCCAGGAGUUUCACAUGGAUUUGCUUGCAGAUAUAAUAUCACCGACCCUUUUGCUGUUAAAACUGCUCAGCAAGCCCUUGCUUUAAUGAUAGACUGGUUCGACAAGUACCUGAAGUGAAGAUGAUAAGACUUGCCUGGCCAUGGUGGUUCUAAUUGUAAAGAAGAAAUUAAUAAGCAAUUUCAAACGUCUAACGUAAACCUGGCUCACUAAAUCAGUGUGCUCUGAACUUCCUGGAUGAAAUACAUAAAACGUACAUUACAUUCAUCUCUC